AAUAUGGAAGGAAAAAAAAAGAAGAAGAUGAAAAAUGGAGAGGAAGUAUUAUAUAGAGGUGUACGUAUGAGAAAUUGGGGAAAAUGGGUAUCCGAAAUUCGCGAGCCUCGUAAAAAAUCUCGUAUUUGGCUUGGUACUUUUUCUUCGCCUGAAAUGGCAGCUCGAGCUCAUGAUGUAGCGGCUUUAUCCAUCAAAGGUAAUGCUGCAAUCCUCAACUUUCCAAAACUUGCAAGUUAUCUUCCAAGACCCGCUUCACUAAGCCCUCGCGAUAUUCAAGCAGCAGCAACAAAAGCAGCUUCUAUGAAAAACUUCGAUUCUUUAUUAUCAUCGUCUUCUUCUUCUUCCUCUUCAUUAUCAGUAGCAACGACCAAUUUGGGGACAACGUCAGAAGAAUUGUCCCAAAUCAUCGAGCUACCACAACUUGAAACAUGUAUUGAUGACUCGUUUGAUCAACUAAAAAAUGAGUUAUUAUAUGUUGAUGACUUGAAUAUGGGUGGAUGGUUAUAUUCCGAUAAUAAUGAAGAAAUAAUUUCAAGUUAUUUUGAGCCGUUUAAUUUAUUGUAGAAUUACUAAGUGGAAGU